AAAAAAAAAAAGAGAGAGAGACACAGAUCAGAGCGAGCAAGUGGUCAGGCCCUGAUAUUUUAUAAGCAAAUCUUGGAAGUGACCUUGGGUCACUUUGCUGUCUCCUAGGGAGUCACUAAUGGAGGCCACACUUAAGGGAAGGGCACCAUCUACAUCACAGGAGGAUGUGUCCUCCAGGAGGUGUGAGUCGUGGGGAGCCACUCGGGGGAGAAGUGGACGGUUCUGAAAGGCCCCUGCUCUGCCCAGAAUCACAGAGACAAUGGUGUCCUCACACUUGGGGUCCUGGCUGCACCCAGGCUUUCUCAGGGGCUCUGGAAAAGACUGUGCUGAUGGAACCAUGUGCAGCCAUGGAGAUGGCACAGGGGAGAGGAGCUCCCCACAGGAGGUCAGACAGGAGGUCAGACAGGAGCCGACUGAUGGGGUUCUCAACGCCAUCCCCCAGCAGGAGGCACAGGGGCCCCACGCUGCCAAAAGAGUGCCGCUCGGUCUCAAGGGGCAAACCGCAUCAACCGGGAGCACAAAUAAGCUCUGUAUGGUGCAGACCGCCCGGGCACACCGGCUGGACAAGCUGGUGGAGCACCUGGUGCCUGCCUUCCUGGGCAGGGACCCCACCUUCGUCCCCACCUUUCUCCGGAACUACAGAACUUUCGCCACCACCCGACAGGUGUUGGACCUACUGUUGACAAGGUAUGGCUGCAUCUUCCCGUAUGCUGAAGAGGAUGGUGGGCCUGUGGACCAGCAGAAAAAGGCCAUCAUCUCCAUCCUGGGCCUGUGGCUGGACCAGUGCCCUCAGGAUUUUUUCCAGCCCCCAGACUUCCCAGGCCUGGUGAUGCUGCUGGCCUACCUGGAGCUCAAUUUCCCAGGCUCAGACCUGGAGCGCCAGGCCCAGCUGCUCCUUUCAGAGCUGGAGCGCCGAGAGCCCGCAGAGGCAGAGGAACCAGCUCCAGAGCCAGAUAAAAAAAGACCUCAGGAGGCAACACCGACUCCAGUGGCCUCUCCAGAGGCAGAGCGGGCUCCGGGCACAGCUUUCACUGACCUUCACGAGGCAGAAGAACCACCUGCAGCGUGUGGGCAACUCGCCUCAGCUCCUGCGAGGCCCGUGGUCCCCGGUCCUGGGCCGCAGCGUGUGUAGCUGCCAUGACAGAGGGGGCUUCCCCCUGCUGCUCACCCCUUUAAUUGCAGCUUUUACAUUUUUUGUGUUUAUAUUAGAUAUACUUAAAUUUUUAAUGUAGUUUCUGUAAUAUUCAGUUAAAAUA